UAUGUCGCCGUGAAUAGGAGAUGUCUUAAAAUUAUCCAUCCAUCCCCACGCACACCCAUCUACCUAUCUUAUCCCCAUUCUCUAUCCAUCCCUACACACACCCCUCUAUCCAUCCAUCCAUCCCCACGCACACCAUCCCUACACACACUCCUCUAUCCAUCCAUCUAUCCAUCCAUCCAUCCUCACACG